AUGUUUUAACAGUAUAAUAAUACUAUUUCAACAUCACGUUCCAAUUCAUCCAUUAAUUAUACUCCAAAAAGAUUAAUACGUAUUGCUACUGCUUCUGGAAUUGACAAUAAUAGCGCUUUAAAAAAGAAUGAAGAAUUUCGUAAAUAUAUAGAGUAAUAUAAACAAAGAGAGUCUCAUUACAAGAAUAUCAUAUUUUCAAAAGAUUAAGAAAUCUCUAUGAUGAAAUCACACAUUUAUUAACUUGAAGAAAGUAAAUCCUAAAUUUUAAUAAUAUAAGUGUAAAUAUUGCUAGAAUCAUACAAGUAUUAUUCAAAAUUUCAUAUUUAGUUAAAGAAUUGUAGAUAUUGAAAAUCUCAAAAAAUAACAAGGUAAUGAUCAUACAGAAUUGGAAAAGUAAGUUUUAUCAUUAUUAAGAGAGAAUUCUUAAUUAAUGAAUAGUCUAACUUUUUCUCAUACUUAUUAAGAUAUUUAAUCCAAAAAGAAUAGUUUACAUAAUAUUUCUAAAAUUAAUCCAAAUGAAACAUCUUGGAAACAAAGAUUUAUAAAAUUGAAUAAAGAAUAUUUUGAAUUACAAGCAAAAUAUGCUUUUCUAUCAGCUGAAUUAGAAAACAAUAGAUUGAAUUUUAGAUCUCCUAGUUCAGAAAGUUUUGAGGCUUUUAUAAGAUAAUGA